AUGGAUGUGCCGCUUAAGCUGCUCAUAACCUUUUGUAAAACCAUUGCUGCUGGAGUCCAGCGAAAUGCUGUGUGGGUGGGGCACAGAUCCAGUAAUUUAAAAAGGAAAGGUGCUGGGAAGGCUCGUGCCAAGGCCAAGUCGCACUCAUCUCGAGCUGGACUCCAGUUCCCGGUCGGUCGUGUCCACAGGCUACUUCGUAAAGGUAACUAUGCAGAGCGUGUCGGUGCCGGCGCCCCCGUCUACCUGGCGGCCGUGCUGGAGUAUCUGACCGCCGAGAUCUUGGAGUUGGCUGGGAACGCCGCCCGUGACAACAAGAAGACCAGGAUCAUCCCCCGCCACCUGCAGCUGGCUGUCCGCAACGACGAGGAGCUCAACAAGCUGCUCGGAGGAGUCACCAUCGCUCAGGGUGGAGUGUUGCCCAACAUCCAGGCGGUUCUGCAGCCCAAGAAGACUGAGUCUAAGUCUAAGUGA